UGCUAGACUAGAGCUUCAAGUCUGUGUUCUUUGUAUUGGGUUUUUUUGCCCUCUUUUUCACCAAAAAAAAAAGAGCUUCAAGUCUGUUGUACAUACUACAGACUAGAGCUUCGUGUCUUGAGUUCAGACAGAAGUAGCAACAUUAGUGAUUACACAAUGUUGACGCAACUCCGGAACACUAGGAUUUGCUUUUCUCUUCCCUUUUCAUCCUACUUUGCAACCCUUCCUUCCGCUGCCACAACAACAGAUCCUCAAAUGCUUAAAUGUGUUCUUGAUGAUUGUAAAACCUCGUCGGAUUUGAAAUUAGUAUUUAAAACCCAGGCCAAGAUUGUCAAAUUAGGAUUUGGCAUGGAUUCUUCGCUUGUAUCUCGCCUGUUGCAGACUUUGAUUAAUUGUGGGAAUCUUGAUCUUACCCAUUGCCUCUUAGAAGAACCUUCAUGUUGGAAUAUUGAUCUUAUCACUGGCAAUAUAAUGAUCUCAAUGUUUAUGAAAAAUGGAGAUGUUGAUGGUGCCAAAAGGGUAUUUCUUAACAUGUCUAUAAGAGAUGUUGUUUCGUGGAACUCGUUGAUUGGUGGCUUUGUAAAAAAUUCUCGAUUUGUGGACGCGUUAGGAUUGUUCAAGGAUAUGUGUUUAGUGGAUAUUGAGCCAGACGUGUUUACAUUUUCUUCUGUUAUUGCUGGGUGUGCACGGCUUGGAGUGUUCGAUCAUGCUUUAUGGAUAUAUGAUCUUUUGAUCCGGAAGAAAAUUGCAUUGAAUGACAUUUUGCUGUCUGCAAUUAUAGACAUGUUUGCAAAAUGUGGGAAAAUUGAAAUAGCAAAAGAAAUUUUUGAUGGUUGCAGAAGCAGUCGUGUGUGUGUUUGGAAUGCGAUGAUUACUGGUCUUGCAAGUCACGGACUUGCUGUUGAUGCUAUUUCAGUAUUCUAUAAAAUGGAGGAAAAUCAUAUAUUUCCGGACAGUAUAACAUUUCUUGGAAUCUUAACUGCGUGUAGUCAUUGUGGUUUAGUUAAUGUGGGACAGAAAUAUUUUGAGGUUAUGAAGAGACAAUACUCUAUAGAGCCAGAACUUGAGCAUUAUGGGGCCAUGGUAGAUCUCUUAGGUCGUGCCGGACAUCUAGAUGAAGCUUAUGCCACUAUUAAAGCAAUGCCAAUGCAACCUGAUGUGGUGAUAUGGAAGACACUUCUCAGUGCCUGUAGAACCUAUAGAAAUGCAGCUUUAGGUGAAGUUGUGAUUACAAAUAUAUCCUCUCUAGAUGGUGGGGACUGUGUUCUGUUGUCAAAUACAUAUUGUUCCUUAAACAGGUGGACUAGCUCUGCAAAUAUGAGAGAAAGUAUGAAAAGGAAGGGAAUCCGCAAGGAUCAUGGCAAAAGUUGGAUUGAGUUGGCAGGGAUCAUACACCAAUUUAAGGCAGGUAGUCAGGCACACCCUGAAACAGAGGCGAUAGAGAAGAUUCUGAAUCGAUUGAGCAAAAGAGCCAAGUUAGAGGGUUUUGUUCCUGUAACAGAGUUGGUUUUGAUGGAUGUCUUAGAGGAAGAAAAAGAGGAGAGUUUGAAAUUCCACAGUGAAAAAUUAGCAUUAGCUUUUGGACUCCUUAAAACUAGUCCAAGAACAGAAAUUCGAAUCUCAAAGAACUUACGGACUUGCUUUGACUGUCAUUCUUUUUUUAAAAUAGUCUCAAGGGUCUUGACAAGGGUGAUCAUUGUUCGAGAUCGUGUCCGUUUUCACAAGUUUGAUGCUGGCUCUUGUUCUUGUGGAGAUUAUUGGUGAGUUGACGCAUAUGAGAUUUCUCAAAGAAAAGGCUAUUGCGUAGCAAAGACUUGUAUGUAUCUUGUAUAUGAGGGCUGACAGAAGUGGAUUAUAUAGUUGAUAAAGCAGCUUAAGCUAGAGUGAAGAAAAUGGAUAACAGAAUUGCAAGUUCAUCUGCUUCAAGUUUGGAUAAAAAGGUGGUCCGAUGCUGAUGCUCCAUAGAAAUUCCCAAACAGAUGCAUGUCCUACGGUCCUACCUGUGCGACUUCCUCAUUUGGUACGCUGUUGGGCCAGCACUAUCCUAAAAUGGUCCCGAUCCAACUUUUUGGUUGAGAUAUCUGCUCCUAACUUUUAUAAGGUUUUUCAGCGAGAUGGUGGUGUAGAAGGAGUCUCUAGUAUCCUUUUUGGUUGUUAAUAUUUAACUGGCGUUCUUAGUUGUCGCCAUUAUUUUGCUAUAUUCAUGGAAGCAAGAGUAGGAUCUUUGAAUUUGAGUGAGGACCUGACAACUUUCCGAAAUGGAAAUAUGGAAUUUGGUUGACAACAAUCAUGAUUGUGGUUCCGAAUCUUUGGUGGGUUGGGUUCCAGGAUGGGAGGUGGCAGGGCGAGAGAACCAUAUCUCCAUCUGGUGCAUUCCCUGAGUUACAAUGUUAUAGAGUACGAAAGAUUUCACUCUGAAUUCUUUGCCAUUUUUGAAUGGAUAUUGAAGCCCAAAUCUCAGUUUAUAAUCUUUGCAUCCCUUCGGAAUUGCCUAUACUAAAUUGGAAUGGAAGGAGAAGGGACUUCAGUUACCAGGGUUGCUUACAGUUGCUUCUUUAAAGAGGUUUUUAAUUAAUCAUGGCAUACAAUGUGAUAAAUAGACUUCGCCGAGCCAGGAACUCUGGCUAGCGUGAAUUUGAUUGAGAAUGCCAUCUCACUUAAGAACCAACAGACUUUUUAGUCUUUUCUGGGAUGCUUAGAGCAUGAGUCUUCAUGUAACUGCAUGAUAGGCAUCCUCACAGCCACUAAGAGCCUGUUAUACCAUAUUGUGACAGCUACAAAGGGUAUGCUGCAAGAGCAGAGAAUUAUUAUUCAUGUUGGACCAUUCUAACUUCUAAGGGAAUAUCUAUGGUGGUGAAAACACAUUCACCUAUUUGAAAACUCGCUUCCUGAUGUUCAUCUAUCUGGCUCCAAUAUGCUAAUUAUUAUGGUAUCAGCGGCAGUUUGCUUUUCCAUUUAUCUUUGGGAGCUGGGCCUCUUCAAAAUCUUCUAGCAAGGUUGAUUUCAGGUUGCGGUCCUCGACGAAUACUAUCUACACAGUAAAUAAAUUAUUUUAUCGAAACAGAUGGCAUCAUGUCAUUUACAGGGCAUCUGGAUCUUCUGCCAGUCUGCCUGCAUAUCCAAAGAAUACACACUUGUCUCGGGAUCGUAAAGGGGAGUGAUCACAGUGGUAGAAUCACAGAGAUCUCUUGAAGGUUCUGGUAGGGCGUCCGGAAAUCGAUAGUGCUAAAGUAUCUUCAGCCAUCUUGAAUGGGCACUAGUGACAGUUUGCCUCCAUACACUUCUGGGAGUUGGCUCUCAUCCAUCUCUUCCAGCAAGCUUGAUCUCAACUGUUGCAUGUCUACAAAUUCUAUCUGCCCAAGUGUCAAAGAUGAAUCCUGUCAUGUAAGUCAUGCUCUCGUCCUAAUUGUUAAUGAGCUUCGAAACACUCACUUUAGUCUUAGUGUUGUCGUCAAUGAAGGGGUAGAUAAUCUUCCACACUGCCAUAAAUAUUUUUGGUGCAUGCACUAUGAACAGCUUCCCUAGUCUUUCUGGGUAGCAGUCCUGCAAAAACACCCGUUAAUACAAACCCCAACGUACAUCUUGUUCCUUUCUCUUUUAUUUUGGCAAUUAGAACUCCAGGAAUUUAUGUAAAUCUGCAAGUAAUUUGUAGUCAACAGGGCAUCAACACGAACUCAAGGAAUUGAAUAACAAUGAGUCAUGCCGUACUCUUAUCCUU